UAAGAUCGUAAGGCUAACAUCAAUGCCCAUUCACCUUAAAGACCUAUAUGAAGUGUUAGAUGAGAGGAAAUAGCUUGUUUUCACACACAAUAGAAGAAGAAAUCCCUAACAGGUGUAGGGUAUUGUUAUAGAUGUACGUUGAUUGGCGUUCGAUAGGCCCACAUCAGGACUAAUGCACCAGUUGCUGUAUCGGUCUCGUUGGUGACUGAACAGACCACACGAGGGCUUCGUAGGAGUACUAUCAUCGACGAUGUUUAUGUUUGAUAUGUGAAACACAUGUGCUCAAGGAGUAGUUUACAAGUGUGCUGUGAACACGUCAAUUCUGCUAUUACAUCAUGGAAUUAGAGGUGAUAUUUGUAUGUCUGGUACUGAGGCUGGCACGUGUCAGAGCCCAAACGUUAGAGCCCAACUUUGAUGUUCCGGUUGUGAAUGUGACUGCUAUAGCCGGGAAGACAGCCAUAUUGCCGUGUUCUGUCCAGUCUCUUGGUGGUCAUAAGGUGGCCUGGCUUGAUCCUCGUGAAAAGAUUCUCACUCUAGAAGAGCGACGAGUAAUCUCCGAUGACAGAAUCAGCUUGGAAAGGCCCUAUACCAACGACUGGAACCUGUUCAUACGAGAUGUCAAACCGUCAGACAGCGGGAAAUACAUGUGUCAGAUCAACACUAACCCAGUCAAAAUUAAAAACAUUGUCCUAUACGUCCAUGAAGCAGCCUCCAUUAUCGACGAGUUGUCUAGUUUCGACACCACAGCUAGAGAAGGGGACACGGUACAGCUCAUAUGUAACGCCACUGGCAUCCCGCCUCCCACGGUCACGUGGUAUCGCCGACCAUCAAGCACUAAGGAAGCAGCGAAAGAAGUUGUCGGCCUAAAUGGGGAAGUAUUGGUGAUCUACAACAUCUCCCGGUACUGUGACGAUAUUUACGAAUGUGUAGCCUUCAAUGACAUAUCGCCCGCUGCGAGCCGAGAGAUCCGAGUGGUUGUGGAGUUUGCACCAGAAAUAUUUUUACCUACAAAACGUAUGGGACAAUAUCAAGGUAAAGAAACAAUUCUGGAAUGUCGCGUGACGGCCAACCCUCAGGUGUACAGCACGUGGAAGAGAAAUGGCGUCGAGAUCAUCAACAACUAUAAAUACCGGGUCGAGGUUUACGAGGAGGACAAGAACACCAUCACAAUCAGUCUUAGGAUACGACAGAUAGAUGAGGAUGACUAUGGGAAGUACACGUGUAAGGCCUCUAACUCUCUGGGGACGGAUAUGGAGGAAAUGUUUCUAUAUGAGUACCUCCCUCCUAAGACUGAUCCACCGACCACCACGACAGAUUUAACGUUGGAACAACAACCACCUUGGCAGAAUAAUCAAAACCAACAAAACAACGGCGGUGUAGGCUCUAUUAAUAUCCACACUAUGGACACCCGGCCGGACUUUCACAAUCAGGGUAUUGAUCCGAGCCAACAAGGAAACAGUGGAAACACAUUGCACGCAUCCCAUCUUGUGAUUCCCCUAUUCGCUCUUCUUUCGAUUGUGUUCGACACGUGUAGAUGACCACGCAGCUCAUGACGCACUGCGCAACCUUUAUUAUCUUUUCCAUAUUUGUACAUAUCAUUUAAGCUCAUCGUCAUGUAUGCAUCGAUUAUCAGUAUUUGUCAUGAUUACCAUACUACAUACAUUCCUGUUUUCUGUAUUGCCCUCCUUUAAAUUCUGUGAGAUCAUAACAAACGGACCAGGAUAUGCCGUAGCCUUUCUUAUACCCUUAAGCUACUUUUAUUUCGGAUAUUUUAUACGUUAACAAUACCUUUUGUUUCGAUUUGUUUUCAUUGUGAGCGUUCGUUACUGAUGCCGUUGAAUCAUUAAUAUUUCGUUUAUUUCUAAAUGUUAGAGUAGUUUCCCUUUGACCGCACUCUUUUAUGGAACGGUCAAAUUUUGUGCAAGGAGUAGGCUCCCGUUGAUCGUUUUUUGUAUGGGAAGGAUGUUAUUCAUGUACAGUACAACCAUUGGUAAUCGUUCUAUCAAUAGAACGUAGAGAACAAAUCUUUGGGAAAGUAUUCUAUGUCUUGCCAAUAUGUUUGAUCAUUUAGACGUGAUUUUCUCGAGUCACAUUCUAUCGAUGUUGUUUAUACAAGAAGAAUGUAGAAUUCUAAAGCAGUUUACAUUGUGUGAUUGUUCAGAAUAUAUUUUGAUAUUUUCCUUUCCUUUCUUCAAGGUUGUUAGAGUCUUUUUCGAAAGACGUGUACGUAUACAGAAUACUUGAAAUGAAUAUGUAUCAAAGGAUUGGCUGGAAAACUUUAACCUUGUCUCCUGAAUUAUCUGCUUCAAUUAUGAUAUCUACGGUUGAUGAGAUCCUUGGAAAAUAUGAAAUAUUAUCAACAUGGUACAUAUAUACAUACAAGACGAUGCUUUUACAGAGAUGAGAGUAUUAUUGACUAGUUUGGCCUGUUACAUAUGCUCCGUUUAGUUGUUCUUGUUUACUCUGUGGUGAAAGGGAACAUUUUCUCUCAUCACGAUCUGCACGAUUCAUUUUUUCUAAUCACGAUCAACAAGACGGUCUCAGAUUGUGAUAAAACUUAAUGACAUUAUGUAAUUAAUUAUAUGUAAAUAAUGUAACAUUAAGUACGGACGUUCCAACUUAUCUUAACAUGUGUAAUAAUGUAUGUGUGUGUAUGAGUGGAAACAUUAUGCAAAAGAUUAUGAUCGGUAUAAAAGCGUGAGAUUUCACAUUGUUAUGGAAUAUGUGCUGGUCGUGCUAGGAAGAGAACGUUUGUUUAAAACAAAGUAUUAUUUAAUGAUAACGUCAAUUUUAUGUGUAAACGCGUGUGAGGAUAUUAACUGCCGCCGUUUUGAUGGUUAUUGUAUACAAUGUAUACUAGAUAUGUAUUCCCUUACACUGCGUCAUAAUCUCAUCAUGUUCCUUAUAAUUAUACUGUUUUGUUGGUUAUCUCCCCUUAUAAAAUGUAUUCAUUAGAAAAGUGUCAUUUUCUGUCAUAGAAAAUAGUUGUUAAUUAUGUGAUAACAUAUUUUAAGUAUUACAUGCCUUUUCGCCUGAUAUACUUUUACAAAACAACAUGUCUUUCCGCCUGCAUACAUUUUAUAGAACAAAAAUACAUCUUUGCAACUGAGAUACUAUUUAUAAAACAAAAAACAUAUCUUACAGCUCAAAUACUAUUUCUAUAACAAAGACAUGUCUUACACCUGAAAUAUUAUUUAUAUAACAAAGACAUGUCUUUACACCUGAAAUGUUUUUUUAUAACAAAGACAUGUCUAGCACAUGAAAUACUAUUAAUAUAACAAAGACAUAUCUUACACCUGAAAUACUAUUUAUAAAACAGAGACAUGUCUUUAGACCUGAAAUGCUAUUUAUAUAACAAAGACAUGUCUAGCACAUGAAAUACUAUUUAUAAAACAAAGACAUAUCUUACACCUGAAAUACCAUUUAUAAAACAGAGACAUGUCUUUACACCUGAAACACUAGUUAUGUAACAGAGAUUUGUCUUACACCUGGAUUACUAUUUAUAUAACAGAGACAUGUUUUACACCUGAGAUACUAUUUACAACACAAAUACUUAUCUUUUCACCUCAUAUACGUUUUAUAAUUUAUCAUAAUAUUUUUUUUGUAACGAUGUAUGUACCAUAAUCAAGAGGCUCCUUUCCCAAAUUACUUUAUUUGGCUUGUGAAUUGUUUUAUGUGAUGUGUUAAUUAAGAACUAUCAAAGGUAUAAUUUUCUUAUGUUUAAAGCACACUAAACAUUAUUCAACUUUCUUAACACUCAAUAGCACGAUACGUAUUCCCGCGCAGCCUAUAACAUUACUAUUAGCAAUAUUUACAAUACAUAAUACUUAUUUUUACAAUGGAAGUCAGGAGUGAUGUCAUUUAUUUAUAAAACAUUUGAUGACGUAAUACUGAUCAACUGUUGUUUGUGUUUAUGUUAUCUUUUCCAUUUAUGAUAAACAUGUUGCUGUUUUGUGUCCGCCCGAUAGAGUAAGGUAAACCAUUCACCAUUCUUCAAACCAUUCCGAUUAAUGGAUAUACAUAGGUUGAUACCAAAGUGUCGUAUAUGGAAUACAAGGUCCUGUGUUUGAAAUUAAAUUAUAUUUACUUUAUACAACAAGACAUUGAAUACAUAGUCAGAAUUAUUUAUUUGGACUUGAUUAUUAGUGUUUUAACAUUGAAAUUAAUUACAUAACUAAUCCCUAUUUCAUAUUCAUUAAAUGUUCAAGAUAAUAUUUUUUCGGUUGAUGUGAUCCUUUGAUUCCUCUACAUUUUAUGACUCAUUCUAGUUGGAUUAACUCCAUGAACGUCUGUCCAUAGCACCAUGUACCUAGACCAUGUUAUCAAUUUGUUUGAAUUCGUUAUUAUUUGCAGAAUUAGUUCAAGAAAAUAAGAAAUUGUGCUAACGGAUUUGUUUUGUAUUAUAAGUGAAUUAGAGGUUACACAGUAAGCGGUUGUUGGAUAUGGUAUCUAUUUCUCUCGAGUUAUUUUUAGCUUUUACAAAAUUACAGACGAGGGUGAAACAAAUACCAUAUCAAACAACCAUUAGUCGUGUGAACUGUUUCUACCACAAAUAUUUGAGUCGGCGGCAAUAUGAUUGUGACCUGGUCUGAAUGUACCGUACAUAUAAAACUCCCUAAUUACUAUUCAAAAUAUUCAAAAACUAAAUACAAUGAAUACUCUAUUACUGCAAAUUGAUUUUAUCGGUAACAACUUUAUGACAAACCCAGUUAGAUGUUUAUCUAUCAAACUUUCAUCUGUGCAGUUCAUGAGUGCAUCAACCCAAAAAUCACGGACUAUAUUCACGUACAUGUAGUGAGGUGUCAUCUGCUUCCGCCAAAAAAUUCGACUAAUCGUUGUUAUUGUUGGAGUUCUAGACUGUCUUAAACGCUCUUUCGAGACUGUCCUGUUAAUGUAUAUUAUAAUAUGCCGCCUUAUAUAGGACCUAUAAAUAGAAAUAUAUUCAGUGAUAAAGAUAUCAAUCGGUUUCUUUCUCAACGUCACAAGCAGAUUUUGUAUUUAACCUGUAGGGGCCGCGUUUGCCGAGUGGUUAAGGUGUCCCGACAAUUUAUCACUAGCCCUCAACCUCUGAGUUUCGAGUUCGAAACCUACGUGGGACAGUUGCCAGGUACUGACCGUAGGCCGGUGGUUAUUCUCCGGGUACUCAGGCUUUCCUCCACCUCCAAAACCUGGCACGUCCUUAAAUGACCCUGGCUGUUAAAAGGACGUUAAACGAAAACAAACCAAACCAAAGUAUUUAACCUGUGAAUGCAAUAAAGCCAUCAGCAUCAUCGUGAGAAUCUUUGUCGAGAAAGUCGUCGCAUGGAUCAUGCGGAGUUGUAUAUUAGACUAUUUUGCAACGGAUGAAAAAUAACUUAAUAGUUUUAGAUGUCGCGACAGAUCUAGAUACAGUAACAACUUGUACAUUUAGUCACAACCUAGGCACGACUAUAUGACGUCAACAAAACGUGGUACGCGAAAAAAAGUAGUCCGGGUCAAAGUUCAAUAUGCCAACCAAGCGAAUACCGGAAGGUCAUAACUAGCGGUAUAUCGAUAUAUUUAUCCAACUGUAAACACGUUUACAUGAUGGUCCGAUAGUGGAAUAACACUGCAUAUUGUGGUAGAAAUGAUGAUAUUAAAAAAUACCUGGUAUCCUUACAGUGUAGUGGCUCUUGAAUUGAUUAAUACUGUUUACUUCUGCAUAAACACUGUGGGGAAAAAACCGAUGUUUCUGGAUUUUACAUUAACUAUUACAGAAAAACCAAUCGAGUCAAUUUUAAAGAAACUUGAUUUUGUGUAUUUUAAAGAAUACUGUAUCCAGUUUCUUGGCGUAAUAUGUAAAUUGAAUAAAUAAAUCAUGUACACUUAUAUUGUAUAUAGUCAAUCUUAAGGUCUCAACGAAUGAAAAAGGUCUUUAUUUCAGUUUUAACUUAACUUAUAUUCGUAACAUUUCCACAAUAGAUUGACUAGAUUUUGAAUAUUCUUUUAUAACUUGUGAGAAGUUGUUGGUGAAGCUGUGAGAGCGAAUACUGAAAGGUAAUAGGUAUUAUGUGAGUUUGUUGCAAUUCGUAGCAUUUUAAGGCUAUAUUUCUCAGUAAGAAUAAUUAAAUUUCACAUGUUAGUUAAUAAUUAAUGGAAUAUGUCAUAAUUUUAGAUUCUGCCCACAAAAUUCAUAUGGCGCAUUAUGUCUACAUCACAAUUAAAAUUGAACUAUGUAUGUUUUGAGAUUGAAUUACGUAUGAUGUGAAAGGCAAUUGUCAUCAAGCGAGUUAUGCUUGUAAAUAUUGUAUUAUAAUAUGCUGCUGAAAUAAAGUGGGUCGAAUGAUUA